UGGGUAGCAAGUCGCUGCCCGGAACCUGCGGGCGGCGGAGGCGUUUUCCCGGGGCCUAUUGGUUGCUGGACCUAGGCAGUCAAGGGCGGAAGUGGGAGGUGUGGGUCCUUGCAAGCUGCUCUGCUGACGCGAUCUGGCCACGCUGGAGGCGGCGGGCGAACGGGGCUUGGGGGGUCCUCGUGGCACCGUGGAGAGGGCUUCUGGUGCUCCGUCAGGGUCCGCUACGGCUCCAGCGGAGCGCGGCGGGGAUGGGGUACACAGCCGAGCGUCUGCCGGAGCCUCCGCCAUGUUCGCGGGGCUCCAGGACCUGGGCGUGGCCAAUGGCGAGGACCUGAAAGAGACCCUGACCAACUGCACCGAGCCUCUCAAGGCCAUUGAACAAUUUCAGACAGAGAAUGGCGUGUUGCUGCCUUCCCUGCAGUCGGCCCUGCCCUUCUUGGAUCUACACGGGACACCGCGGCUGGAGUUCCAUCAGUCAGUGUUUGAUGAACUACGUGACAAACUUCUGGAACGAGUGUCAGCAAUUGCCUCUGAGGGAAAGGCAGAGGAGAGGUACAAGAAGCUGGAAGACCUUCUGGAAAAGAGCUUUUCUUUGGUCAAGAUGCCAUCCCUACAACCAGUGGUGAUGUGUGUUAUGAAACACUUGCCCAAGGUUCCUGAGAAGAAGCUGAAGCUGGUGAUGGCUGACAAGGAGUUGUACCGGGCAUGUGCUGUGGAAGUGAAGAGGCAGAUUUGGCAAGACAACCAGGCUCUCUUUGGUGAUGAAGUCUCACCACUGCUGAAGCAGUAUAUCCUAGAGAAAGAGAGUGCGCUCUUCAGCACAGAGCUCUCUGUGCUGCACAACUUCUUCAGCCCGUCCCCCAAGACCCGGCGCCAGGGAGAGGUGGUGCAGAAGCUGACGCAGAUGGUAGGGAAGAAUGUGAAGCUGUACGACAUGGUGCUGCAGUUCCUGCGCACACUGUUCCUGCGGACCAGGAAUGUGCACUACUGCACGUUACGAGCUGAGCUGCUCAUGUCUUUGCAUGACUUGGACGUCAGUGACAUCUGCACUGUGGAUCCCUGCCAUAAGUUCACCUGGUGCCUGGAUGCCUGCAUCCGGGAGCGGUUUGUGGACAGCAAAAGAGCCCGGGAGCUGCAGGGAUUUCUUGAUGGUGUGAAGAAGGGCCAGGAACAAGUUUUGGGGGAUUUGUCUAUGAUCCUGUGCGACCCCUUUGCCAUCAACACACUGUCCCUGAGCACCAUCAGGCACUUGCAGGAGCUGGUUAGCCAGGAGACACUGCCCAGGGAUAGUCCCGACCUCCUCCUACUACUUAGGCUGCUGGCACUGGGCCAAGGUGCAUGGGACUUAAUAGAUAGCCAGGUCUUCAAGGAGCCUAAGAUGGAGGCAGAGCUCAUCACCAAGUUCCUGCCGAUGCUCAUGUCCCUCGUGGUGGAUGACUUCACUUUCAACGUAGAUCAGAAGCUUCCAGCUGAGGAGAAAGCUCCAGUCACAUACCCCAGCACACUUCCUGAAAGUUUCACCAAGUUUUUGCAGGAGCAGCGCAUGGCUUGUGAGGUGGGACUAUACUACGUCCUACACAUCACCAAGCAGAGAAACAAGAAUGCUCUCCUGCGCCUGCUGCCUGGACUUGUGGAGACGUUUGGUGACCUGGCCUUCAGUGACAUCUUUCUCCACCUGCUCACUGGGAGCCUGGUACUGCUUGCUGAUGAAUUUGCCCUGGAGGAUUUCUGCAGCAGCCUCUUUGAUGGCUUCUUCCUCACUGCCUCUCCGAGGAAGGAGAAUGUGCACCGUCAUGUGCUGAGGCUUCUCCUCCACUUGCAUGCAAGAGUGGCCCCUUCUAAGCUGGAGGCAUUGCAGAAGGCUCUGGAGCCCACGGGCCAGGGAGGGGAACUGCAUGCCCAGCACAGGUCCUGAACCAUGGACCGCGGCCAUCCUAGCCUAGAGCCCCA